AUUUAAGGGGUUAAACAAUAUAAAAAGUUCUGUUUUUGCCAAAUUUAAGGGCCCUUUCACACCAAAAGAGAAAUGAAUAACCCUCAGGCUGAUGGGAAUGCAAGUUCACUCCUGUACAGUAGAGGGCGCAACUCAAACAAACCUUCAGCUGUUCUGCAGAAGAGGACGCAGGAAAAGAAAGUUCAACUUCGGCAAAAUAGUGAAACACAAAUGCGACGUUUAUCUUAUUACUAUGGUUCAGUUAGAUCAUUGAAGAGGCACGUCUGAAGUGCUGUAGAGAUGGAGGAACCCCGUUCGACCCCAGCCAAUGAGAAGUCUUGCCAGACGGAUGACAUCACAGGAGAGGCCGUUGUACCCGGGCCUGACCAUGCGAGCAAGACGCUAGUUUAUUCAACAGAACCUGGAGAUCCCGCUCUGCUACAAACACAGAUGCUCACGUCCAAAUCCGGCAUCCAUCAGAUCAUCGAAUGUUUCCGCACAGGCACUGCACAGCUCAAACACAUUCUCCUAAAAGAGGUGGACACAAUCUUUGAGUGCAAACUCUGCCGCAGUCUCUUCCGUGGCCUUCCCAAUCUCAUCAAGCACAAGGAAAUCUAUUGUUUCACUCCUGAUGACCCCUCUGGAGAUGACAAAAAAAGCACGAAAGACCUUAUUGAAGCCAUCUAUUCGUGCUCGGAUAAAGAGGAAUACGUCCUGAAAUUUGAGCCCAUUGCCAGCAACCAGAAUGCCGUGUACCAGUACCUGUCGAGAGAAGAUGACCUGCCGCCUUCAUCCCAGAGUCCCAACCACACGACCACAGAGAGCUGGAGACACGACCUAUCCGACUCCGACGAUGAAGCGGAGAAGAAUCGCAUUGAUGAAGGAGAUAACAUGGACAAAGGAAAGGAAGAUACAGAGGAAAACAUGGAGCAUCAGGAUGACUCCUGCAGAUGCCUCCUCUGCAAUAAGACAUACAGGGUUCGAGGUCACCUUAAGAGACACCUGCAAACUGUUCACAAGAUUAUAUCCUCCGGUUCCUCCACCAGCUCUACUGAUCCCACGUCCGAAUCCAAGAAAAUGGUGAACGGGAAAGCUCCAGACAGUCCCGGCUCCUCCUGUAACUCCCAGAGCCCCAAAGAGGACAAGGUGAAGUCCAAAGCCGGGAUCUCCGCGGGCUUUGACUUCAAGUCGCGCUUCUGCAAGCUCUGCAAACGUUCGUUCAGCUCCGUGCAAAACCUGGAGAAACACAUCGAGCUGCACACGGACAACGGCACGGACUUCUUUGUCAAGUUUUACAGCUGUCCGCUCUGCCGUUACAAGACACGCCGCAAAAGAGACGUGCUCCGCCAUCUCUCGGACUUCCACAAGAAGAAGUCCUCCUACAUUUGCCGGAUCUCGUCGUCGCUGGAGAGCUACGCCGUCAAGAAGCCGGCGGAGGUCGUGUUGAGCAAAGAAGACGCCAAAGAUCAAGGUCGAGAGGAAGUGAAAGUCCAACACAACCACGCUUCGCCAUAUACGACUCGCAGGAACCUGAAAGCACCUGGCGUGAUGCGCAAGACCUUGAAGACUGGGAAAGGAGCCAAUGGCAAAAAAGGGAAGGCCGCUAGCCCAAAAGGGAGUGUGAAUAAGAAGUCUCUGCAUGUGUGCAACACCUGUGGACAGAGCUUUAAAAAGGCAAGGUACCUAGGGUUGCACAAGAGAAGCCAUCUAAAGACCACAGGGAUCAGAACAAGAUCGAAGGUCAUGCUUUGAUGUUUUCUGGCAGCGAUCUGGACUUCUGGCAGCGACGGUGGAAAGACAUACUGGACAGUGAAGUGACAAAGAAAAGCCCAUCAUCAGUUCGUAGGGUAUAGGAAACCCUCAGAAAUGUGCGUUUGGGCUUUUAGGGGCUUUUCUGUCAUCCCAAACACACACAUUGGAGAAUAACGGUACAGUAUUUUCAGCGGUGCUCUGGUAUCUGUUUAUGAGGGGUUCUGACCACUCUCGGAUGUAAGAGGAAAUAUAUAUAUGUCUAUUCCCCCGCUGACAUCAUUAAGAUUUGACAUUUCCAUCCAAUAACGUCCAGGCGAUUGUUUCAGGGUCCAGUUGUAGUGAACCGGCCUCAGGCGCAGAUUCAAGACACACAUGCUCUUGUUGCCCUCGGCCUCUGAACGCUGGCUAUUGACUCCCAUCAGGCUCGUUGGUAUUCAGUGACAACAUCUGGAUGUGUUUCUUCUCCAUCACUGGACACUGAAGACCACUGGAACGGCAUGAGCUCAGACUCCGCUUCAGUUAUAUUAAGGGAAAGGGAUGUUUUAUGCUUGAACAAGCACAUGCUCUGGGGUAGAUGAGCUUGUGUGAACUGCAGGUGAAGCACUUUAUAUGAGAUUUGUUUAGUUGUGUCCUCCUGUAGUUCUCUCAUUAAUUCGAAUGGGAUCCGUUUUAGAUUCUUCUUAUGUUAUUUUACGCUCUUCAUUUGUCUAUUCACGUCUUCAGAUGCAUUCCCUGUGCAUAUCUGUAGAUUCUCUGGAACUUCUUGACGGAUAUUGAAGUGUUAUUAGUAUGAAUUUUUCAGUUUUCUUUGUAUUGACCAACAAUAAACAAAAAACUAG